AAUACUUGCGGAGCAACUUACAUAUAUGUGGACUUUUUUAAAAGACUCCUUUCUGGUAUAUUAGGUUAUUCCGUACUGUUCACGAAGGUAGUGUUGAGCGCUACCAAAAUUUGGGCUGCAAAGUCGCAAAAACGGCGUCUAGAGGAAAAAAUAGACAGUGCUGCCAGAUUGAUUUUGAUCUAUGUGCAGAAUUCGCUACUGUUGGCACCGUUUUUGUUGUUGUUUGGAGACAGCGCAAAGUUUUUCUUUUGCAUUUUGGUUAAAAUUAUGGCCAAAACGCUAAAUGCCUUUCCGGCCGGCUUCGAAUCCGACGAGGAGGAAAUUGAUUUCUUAAUGGGCAACCUUAAAAUCAAACGACUCGAACAUAUUACAACAGGUGCCGGCCUAGAUGGGCGGAACUUCGACGCAACACUAGACAUGGAGUGUCAGCAAUUCUUCAAUACGUUCCGCGAAAAUUGGAAUAUGCAGACGAAAAACAAAUCGCCGUACCUUCGGCAGGACUUACGUGCAGCGUUAUUGCGUCACGAGAAUCCUUUGGUUUUGGCCCUAAUGUUGUUUGCCAACUGUCCGGAUAGUAGCAACGUAAAGAAUAAAAGCUUGUCGCAUUUCGUGCUGGACACGGUGUGCAAACUGCAUGCGGAGGUACCGCACAUUAACGAGAAUUGUGAUGAUAAUACAAGCAUGAUAGCAUUUAACUUUGUGAAGACGACUGGUUUGCUUUCGCUUAACAAUGCUAUGAUUUCUACCUACCGCUUGCAACAGAUAAGCGCACUUUUGUUGCCGAAAUUGCGCGCGCUUCUGGAUGAGGGAUACUACAAAGAGGUUACUCAAUGGGCCAUAAACUUGCACUUAUCGCAUGCUUUUGAUAUGAUGGAACUAGCCUUUCCAUUGGUAGCGCAAGAGAAGCUGCCGCUGGCCGAAGAGUACUUAGAUAAGGCAACACAUCAACGUCUGCCCUUUGUCCAGUACCUUGACUCGUUGCUACACAAAGAUAAGCCAGUAAUAGAAUUGUGCGAGUCCAGAUUGAGUAACUACAAGAACCUAAAGGUCUCACAUCACGUACUCACCUAUCGACCCAUAUCGAAAAUAGUCGGUCGUCUAGCUAAAAAGUAUAAUUUCGGUGACUCGAUCACUCCCAACUUGAAGUUUACAAAAACAUGCGGUUACUUGCAUCAUCUGUACCGUGAAUAUGAAAAGGCGAAUAUAGGCCUGGAGGCAUAUCGGGAACUUGUUCUUGAAAAUGCAUACAAUCACGCACUGAAAAAAGAUUUAGUUAACUAUAUAGCUGCAACUCAGGCCCACAGUGAGGCCCUUUAUUGGUACAAGAAAUUUAAACUCAAACCAUGCGAUUGCCCCAAUGAAAUUAAAUCCAUGAUCUCCCGUAACGAAAUUGAUGAAGUACAAAACGACAGAGGCGGUGACGGUGAUAGCCCAUCAGAUACGUACCUAACUAUGGAUCUGCCGCACGAAUCUCUUAUCAUCGUAGAUGAUCCUAUAAAAUUUGAAACAAUGAUCUUCCACUUAAAUCGCGAACGUAUCAUUUACAUGGAUGCUGAGUGGAAGCAGAACGUAUGUGUUGAUAACCAGCUCUGUUUAAUGCAAAUCGCCGCAGAGGAAUAUGUGUACCUUAUCGAUUGUCUGGCUCCCCAGCCCGCUGAAAAUUGGCGAGCGCUGGGCGCAAUUUUCAAUAAUGUAAACAUAAUAAAGGUUGGAUUUUCGCUGCACACCGAUAUAAUGGUUUUGCAACAAUCGCUGCCCUUGCAGCUACGAUUGCACACGCCCAAUCAUUAUUUGGAUUUGCGUGUUCUCUGGCAGCACUUAAAAAGGCGACCAUAUGGAGUCGAUCUGCCUUAUGGCAAUACGUGUCGAGCUGGAGACGCACUUACAGAUCUUACUAUGCUGUGUUUUGGCAAGAAGCUAAACAAGUCCAAUCAAUGCUCGAAUUGGGCGAACAGACCAUUACGGCAUGAACAGAUACUCUACGCAGCCAUGGAUGCUCGUUGCUUGCUUUUGAUCUACAACACGUUGCUGGCUCAUGUGCCGGACAUAAAUGUGGCUCUUGAAAAAACCAUGGCUGGCAUUAAUUUUCUCAAACGUGGCGGCAACGCCAAGUAAUUCGAUUCGAGUCUCAUAAAAGAAAAAAAAAUCCCCAAACGAUUUACCAACGGCUGUUCCUUACCUAUGUUAAGUUGAAGGUUAAAGUUAGUGUUGAUUGAAAUUUAGAUAAGUUGACAAGUAUUUGAAGUACAACAACCAAUGCAUAUGUAGAUAUGUACUAUAGUAAGUAUAUGACAAAGAAUGAUAUACCUUAUGGGAAAAAAAAUACAAAACUGUAUGAAAACCUUUAA